AUGGUCCCUGCUCUUGCCCUAGGUGUCGGGCAUACUUUAUGUCAAAUCCGACAAUCUUCUUCCACACCCCUGUACCCAGGUCAUGUACCCCUCUCGUUCGCUCAAAAUGCAUUGUUGGCAGUGGGAAGUGGUAUAAUGGGAGUGAUGGAUACGUCCCGCGGCGAUUUAAUUGCCACAUUGUCCGAAUCGACGGCGUCGACAUUCCUUCCUCGAUUACACAAUACCAUGGUUUCUCAUGCUGAAGGACGACAGAUCAUGCGGGAUAGACCUCUGGUGUCGUCUUCCACUGUGAACUUGGAAGCUUUGAAGGCGUUGAGAAGGGGAACUUUGGGAAGGGAAUACGUGGAAUGGUUGGAGAAACAAAAUGUCACUCCGGAUACUCGAGAGGUGGUCCGAUACAUAGAUUCACCCACUCUAGCAUACACCAUGACCCGUUAUCGUCAAACUCAUGAUCUCUAUCACACCCUCUUUUCCCUUCCCACUACUUUACCACACGAGCUCACACUCAAAGUUGUCGAAUUGUCCAACAUGUCUCUACCCGUAGCCGCUCUUUCUUCCCUCUUCGGUCCUUUGAGGUUAUCUUCGCAAAGACGAGAGGUGUGGAAACGUGAUUGGGUGCCGUGGGCUUUACGUACAGGUGCGAAUGGCAGGAGCCUGGUCAGUGUUUAUUGGGAGAAGAGAUGGGAGCAAGGAGUUGGAGAUUUAAGACGCGAGUUGGGGGUUAAGAGGAAUGAUAAGGAUGGAGUAGAGUCGAGAUGGAAGGGAUAUAGAGUGGUCAGAGGGAUGGAGAGAGAGUUGAGGAGGAAAGGGGAGUGGGUGGAUGAACCCGAGGAAUGGUGA